CUUGCCUUUGACCCUCGUGAACUCCCUACGCGCUCCCUUCAUCCGCUGUUCGCGCCAUGCUCGAAGCGCAGCUCAACGAAGCGUCGAUAUUGAAGAAGGUCCUCGACUCCAUUAAGGAGCUGGUGACCGACGCGAACUUCGAGUGCAACGAUGAGGGCAUCAACUUGCAGGCGAUGGACAACUCGCACGUCGCGCUCGUCAGCGUGAAGCUCGAGCGCGUCGGCUUCGCGAACUACCGCUGCGACCGGCCCAUCCCCCUCGGCGUGAACCUGAACUCGCUCACGAAGGUGCUCAAGUGCGCGAAGGACGACGACAUGUGCACGAUCAAGGCGAGCGAGGAGGCCGACGUGCUCAAUCUGGUGUACGAGGCGAAGUCGAGCGACCGCAUAGCGGAGUACGACAUGAAGCUGAUGGACAUCGACUCGGACCAGCUGGGCAUUCCGGACACGGAGUACGAUGCGCAGGUGACGAUGGCGUCGAGCGAGUUUGCGCGCAUUGUGCGCGAUCUGUCGCAGCUCGGCGAGAGCGUGCGAAUCGAAGUGAGCAAGGAGGGCAUCCGCUUCGCGAGCGACGGCGAGUCGGCGAACGGGAGCGUGCUGCUCAAGCACAGCGCGGACGCGCCACCAGGCAAGGACGAAGAGGAUGAGGAAGAGAAGGAUAGUGAGGAUGAGGAGGACGAGGACGAGGACGGCGAGAAGAAGGAAAAGAAGGCAAAGGUCAAGAAGGAGAAAGACGCCGAAGAUGUGGACAUGGAGAACGGCGAUGGUGACGAAGAGUACGCCGACAAGGAGAAGGGCUCGGACGACGAAGAGGACGAGGAGGACUCUUCGAGCAAGAAGCGGAAAAAGAAGGCCACCAAGUCCAAGCCGAGCAAGAAGGCCAAGAAAGACAAGAAGAAGAAGGAGAAGAUCAAGGAGGAGCCCGAGAUGCAGGGCGUCAACAUCCAGCUCAACCAGCUCGUCUCCCUCACAUUCUCGCUCAAGUACCUCGUCAACUUCUCCAAGUCGUCGAACCUGGCGAAGAACGUGCGCUUGCUGAUGAGCAGCGACGUGCCGCUGCUCGUGAACUACGAGUUUGGGCAGGGGCAUAUUCGGUACUAUCUGGCGCCGAAGAUCGGCGACGAGUAGGCGCUGAACGUCGGCGGUCGAUGAGUAGGCGCUGAAGUGCGGAAGCUCGCCAACGAGUAGAUGCUGGGGCUGGGGAGGCCUCGCAAGUCUUGUGUGUAUACAUAUCUUUACGCAUCUCGCUUUCACUGUAUCUUAUGUCGUGCAAUCGUAUUUUGGGCAAUCACCUUCA